GAGUAAUAGCAAACAUCAUGGCGGAAGGCGAAUUGCGGUUUGCGGAUAGUGAUUUGUUAAUUUCUAGUUUUUUACCUGCCUUUAAGCUUUUUUCAUGGUUGUACAGUUUGUAGAGUAUUUGUAAAGUCUGAUUAGGAAUGAAAUAUUAUUUGGGACCAACAGACCACUAGUUGGUUAUUCUACAGGUGGAUGUCCAUCAAUCUUUGCAAUGUUUAUGUAAUUUUGAGGCUGGUGCAUAGAAAUAUGUUUAAAUGGAAGAAGCUGCAAUAAAUUUUGUCCACUACCAGUAAUACUGUAUUAUGGCAUCUGACGAAAAUGGUUGGCGCACACAGAGUUUUCGUCAAAAUGUUGUCCAAAAAAUCGAGGAGGCCGUCCGCAGCUCUGGAAUGUCCACUACAAAAAACAGUAUGGAAAUGGAGAAACAUGUGUUCCAGAAAGCCAAGUCAAGGGAAGAAUACUUGGGAUUUGUAGCACGUCUUAUUCUACACGUUAGAGAAAUAAACAAUUCGAAAAAAGGAACAAUGAAUGGUGGAGGGGGAGCCGGUGGGCAAAACAUGCAGGACCCAAUCAAUGCCCUGCAGACUCUUGCCAGACAAGGUACUGGUAACCAAAUGAUGGGAAUGGUCCCACCUCAGCAACAGAAUCAAGUUACUGCAACUAAUUUGUUGCAGACUUUAAACCAACGGCCUAUUCUGCAGCAAAAACUGCAAACUGGAAUGAAUACUAUGCCGAUGGGACCAAUGUCGAAUCAGAUGGGGGGACCGAUGGGCCCAAUGAACCCGAACGCGAUGGGUGGCCCGAUGCCAGGUCCAAUGGUGGGCCAGAUGGGACCAAUGGCUGGACCAAUGGGCAACCAGAUGGGCGCUCAGAUGGCAGGCCAGAUGAAUGCACAGAUGUCUGCUCAGAUGGCAGGACAGAUGGCUGGGCUGGGUCCGAUGGGCAGCCCCAUAUCUGCUGCUCAAAUGGGAGGUCCCAUGCCAGGGCAAAUGGGACACCUUCAACAGCGGAAGAAUUUGCAGAAUGAAGGCAUGAUGAUGGGCGGACAGGGCGCAGGCUUUGUGAAUGCUCGCAACGUGACGCCCACUCAGUUCCUAAGGCAGAGCCCCACUCCACCCCACUCGGCUCAGUCGCCUGCCUCUGCUGGCUUGGCUUCAAGCAACCAGAUGGUGUCUUCUCCAGCUUUGGUUCCUUCUCCAAACGCUCAAAUGACUCCAAACAUGGGUGGACCAAUGCGCUCUGUUGGAAUGGUAGCCUCUCCGAGUAGUUCACUAAACACUCCAGGACAAGGCCCCACCUCAGUGCCCACUCCUAGUCCGUGCAACUCACAGGAGGAUCAAGCCUACCGAGAAAAGGCUCGUCAGUUGAGCAAAUACAUCGAUCCUCUCAGAAGAAUGAUCGCCAAAAUGGGAAAUGGAGACCAGGAAAAAUGUGCUAAAAUGAAAAAGCUUUUGGAUAUUCUCUCUCACCCCAGCAAAAGAAUGCCGUUGGAAACUUUGCUGAAGUGUGAAGUUGUAUUGGAAAAGCUUGAUUUCAAACGAAGCGAAACCGGCCCGGCUCCCGUUCUCAGAGAACAGCAUCCCAUUCUGGAAGCUCUGAACGGCCAUCUGCUGCAGAGUCCUCUCAUCAACCACACCCUGCAGCGAACCUUCGGCCCUUGCCUCGAGGCCUUAUUUGGAUCUGACAUCAAAACGUUGCCACCGUUGUCAAGAAAGCGGAAACUGGAGGAACCUCCUGAUGAUAUUCCUGAAGUCUUGCAGGGUGAAAUAGCUCGCUUGGAUCAAAGAUUCAAGGUGAGCCUGGACCCGACACAGCAACCGGGGUCGCGCAGCGUGCAGCUGGUGUGCUGGCUAGACGACCGCCAUCUGCCGUGUGUGCCGCCGGUGGCACUGAGUGUGCCAGACGACUACCCGCAGAGUCCGCCGCGCUGCCACCUGUCGCCGCACGAGUACGCGGCCACCAGCUUCCUACGCGCCGUGCAGUCUGCGCUCGAGGCGCGCAUCCGCCAACUGCCGCGCCGCUUCUCCGUCUCUCAGCUGCUCGACACCUGGGAGAUGAGUGUGCGUCAGGCCUGCUCGCCCACGCAGACACCUGUCUCCUCCACCACUGUCGCCAUGGGUCUCUAGGCUGCUGCUCAAUGGCUAAUGUGCCAAACAGUUUAUCUCGUAUUGUGGAAUUGGUUAUAAGUUGGGAAUGAUUUAGGUGCGGUCACUUGUUAUGUUGAAUGUAAGUCCAGGACAUAAUUAUAAUAUGAAACUCUGUCGCCAUGGGCUUCUUGGCUGCUAGACUCUCUU